GACGCCAUAUUGCUGGUGUGGGAGAGUCACAGAGGGAAGCGCCGCUGCCAUCGCUCUUCAUCGGCCGCCCCUAGCCGGCGAGCCGAGCCCAGCUCCGCACCUACCGUCCCAGCAACCGCCCCGGGAACGGCCGGGGGCGGAAUUCGCGAGGGCGGGGCGGGCGGAGAGCGAAUCCGUCGGCGAAGGAGCCGCCGGGGGGGCCGGAGCCGCUCCCUGGAGAGGGCGAUAGGGAGGAGGCGGAGGCCCUGACGCAGCUCCCCCCCCGCCAUCCGCCCCAGACGGUGGGGAAGGCGCCUCUGGGCUGGGCCGGGUGCUGCCGUCUCGCCCUCCCCUCGCACCGAGCCCCCGUACCCCGCUCUCCCCGGCUCUCCGCAGCCCCCGGCCCGCUCCCCCCCGGCCAUGGCUUGCGGCGCCACAUUGAAACGGACUCUGGAUUUCGACCCUCUGCUGAGCCCGGCCUCCCCGAAGCGGAGGCGAUGUGCGCCAUUGUCAGCCCCGGCCUCCUCGGCCGCCGCCGCCUCCUCCUUCGCCGCCGCCUCGCCGCAGAAAUACCUGCGCAUGGAGCCCUCGCCCUUCGGGGAGGUGUCCUCCCGCCUCACCACAGAACAAAUUCUGUACAACAUAAAACAGGAGUACAAACGCAUGCAGAAGAGGAGACAUUUAGAAAAUAGCUUCCAGCAGACAGAUCCAUGUUGUUCUACUGAUGCACAGCCACAUGCAUUUCUCCUUACUGGACCAGCUUUGCCAGGUACUUCGUCUGCAGCAUCAUCACCAUUGAAAAAAGAACAGCCCCUGUUUACUCUCAGACAAGUUGGAAUGAUCUGUGAACGUUUGCUGAAAGAACGUGAAGAGAAAAUCCGUGAAGAGUAUGAAGAAAUUUUGACCACAAAACUUGCAGAACAAUACGACGCAUUUGUGAAGUUCACGCAUGAUCAGAUCAUGCGACGAUAUGGAGAACAGCCUGCUAGUUAUGUUUCAUGAAUCAUGUUUUCUGCAUAUGUGGGCUGCCCUAUACACCCUAAUUGUUGCAAGCUGUCCCAGUAAAAGACUUGCAGCAAUGCCAUAUUUCCCCCCUUCCCCCACCACCCAAUACCCCCGUGAACACAGGUUAUUUCAAGCUUUUGUCAGUGGCAACCACUCUUAUGCAGCAACUGGUUUUGGAGUGCUCCCUGAUGUCAGUACCACCUGGAUGUGGACCUUUGCUACCUGUAAUAAUACCAGUGGCCUCAUUUGCUGUAUCAUUACAAUUUGGCUUCUUAUGUUAAUAAGUUUGAAAAAGUAAAGGAUUAAAAGCUGGUGUUCUAGAACUUGCCCUUCACUGGUUGUGUAAAUAAAAAUGUAGAAUGACACUUCUGACUGAAGUUAGUGUGGUUUUCAUAACUGUGCACUACAACAAAACUGUAAUCACAGUUAAAUUAGAAUGUAACCCCAGGACAAUUUUAAGCAACUAGCCCACAGUACUGCCUGUGAAAUAGUAAAGGAGGGCAUUUCUGUAUUCCAGGACUUUUUUGGGGGUUAAGAAUGGGUUUAUAUGAUUUCUCAUUUUUGUAGUUUUUAUUUAUUCUAUCAGUCUUUAACAAAUGUUUAUUGCUGCAAUUUUUCAGUGUAUCAUUGUUUUACUGCCCUUGUAGUACUGGAAUUUAGUUGGAAGAAUAAAACAUUUACUUCUAA